GCACUCGUUGCCGCACGUUAUAAUGCUCGAAGCCCACGAACGGAACGAACGUUCGACGACAGUCAUUCAGAGCUCGACCAGUGUGCCGCACGUUUCGUGGCUUCUCUAAUCCUCGUGCUACGUCGUGCUGGAUCACAUCCGCCCUCGGCAGUCGCUGGUGUCGACUAUCGGACCACCCGAACCAACCGGAACAGGAACUAAGGAUACGGAGAGCAAGAACGAUGCUUUGAAUACGUCGCGUGUAUACCGGACAUCGUAUCCCGGUGAAUUUUCUCUGUGACGCGUCGAUCGUCGAUAGAGGCUAUCCUCUGUCUAUACGCACCAGUGACCAGUGAUAUUUGACAAGAGAACUACAUAGAAUCUCUAAAGGUUGAGCAUCGCGUUUCCUCCGAAUAUCGAUUAUUCAGGAGGAUGUCGAAGUCGGGAAGCAUCAAGGAUGACGAGAAGGGGCCGUAUGACCCGGUUCCAAUCGCCGACAAAGCCAACGACGAGAUCAAACUAGAGGCGAAGAUGUCCCUAUUGAAUGGAAUUACCGUGAUCGUUGGCUCCAUUAUUGGUUCUGGCAUAUUCGUUAGCCCGACCGGCGUUCUCAAGUAUACAGGAAGCGUGAACGCCAGCCUUCUGGUAUGGACAGCCUCCGGUAUCUUCUCCACGGUAGGUGCGUACUGUUACGCGGAACUAGGUUGCAUGAUCAGAAAGUCGGGAGCCGAUUACGCGUAUAUCAUGGAGACCUUCGGACCCUUUCUGGCGUUCAUCAGGCUCUGGGUCGAGUGCAUGAUAGUCCGGCCUUGCAGCCAGGCCAUCGUUGCCUUGACUUUUAGCGUUUACGUGCUGAAGCCAGUGUUUCCGGACUGUGCACCGCCGGACGACGCCACGAGGAUAUUGGCAGCUUGCUGCAUCUGCAUCUUGGCGUUCAUCAACUGCUGGGACGUAAAAUGGGCGACCAGGGUGCAAGAUAUUUUCACAUACGCAAAAUUACUCGCCCUCUUCAUCAUCAUCUUCGCAGGAGCUUAUCAGCUCUUCACUGGACACACGCAGUAUUUCACGUUCGACAACACAAACACAGAAGUGACGUCGAUAGCACUCAGCUUUUAUUCGGGACUGUUCGCUUACAAUGGCUGGAACUACUUGAAUUUCAUCAUCGAGGAACUGAAGGAUCCUGUCAAGAAUUUGCCAAAGGCUAUUGCUAUCUCGUGCGUCCUUGUUACAACUGUCUACGUUUUCGCAAACAUGGCAUUUUACACAACGCUGAGUCCAGUGGAAGUUCUCGGCAGUGAGGCUGUAGCAGUCACGUUUGCGAAUCGUUUGUUCGGUAUGUUCGCAUGGAUGAUACCAGUAUUCGUCGCCCUUUCCACGUUCGGCGCUGUAAAUGGAAUUCUUCUGACAUCCUCCAGGCUCUUCUACGCUGGCGCCUGCGAGGGUCAAAUGCCUGAAAUAUUAACGAUGAUCCAAAUUUCGAGGCUCACCCCUACGCCGGCUGUCCUUUGCAUGACCAUGUUGUCCAUGUUGUAUCUCUGCUCUUCCGACAUCUUCGCCCUCAUCAAUUACGUUGGUUUUGCCACUUGGUUGAGCAUAGGAGUUUCUGUUCUCUGUCUACCGUGGCUCAGAUGGACACAACCAAAGUUGCUCAGGCCCAUCAAAGUGAACCUCUUCUUCCCCAUAAUCUAUAUUCUCGCCACCCUCUUUGUAACUAUCGUGCCCAUGUAUGCCAGUCCUGUGGAAACAGGAUAUGGUUGCCUGAUGAUCCUCUCAUCCAUACCCGUAUAUUUUCUGUUUGUCGCGUGGAAGAACAAGCCCACGUUGUUCCAGAAAGGAGUCGUAAGCGUCACGAAGUUCCUGCAGAAGAUAAUGCUGGUCGUCGGCAAGUCGAAACCCGCUCAGGUUUAACCGCAGUUACGACGGAUCCUUUCGACAACGAUGACUUCCGGUUCCAAGAGAACUAGACGCUAUUCGGAAUGCUCAGGGGGGAAUUCCGUUUUCUUCAAAAAAACUUAUUUCGUAUUUAUCUACGUGGCAAAUUUGAAAAGUCUGUGCAAACUUUAAAAUAUCGGAUACGAUGUUCGUUCUCUGAGCAUAAAGGGCGUCCUUAUUAGAGGCAGCCAUAUCAAAUCAGGACGCCUACCGGUAGACAAGAAUAAAAGUCUGGUUCUCUUGUCUAGUCGCCAUCUGUGUUAAACUGGUUUCGAGAUUUUUGCGGUAAUUUAUCAUUCGCGCGUUUCUUCCAACGGAGGUGUAACAUCAUAGACAACAAUGACCACAAAGAACUGCUGUAUUUUAACAUAAAGAAGCAUCGACAUGUAACUACUGUCAAAAGGAAACAUGAUUUGCCCCUCCACUGGACAACACGUGGAUACGACUCGAAAAAGACGUUCUAUCGUUAUUAUACCGUUUCAUUGCACAUUGUAUCAUUUCCAUUCCCGUGAUUCGACCCUUCGUUUCGAACUUUGCGUUACUAGAUCUUGCAUAGAAGCGAUAGUUUGUAGAUUCUUUGACAGUAAUUAAUUUAUUAUGCCUUCUUCUUAUAAUUUUCGAACGAAAUUAAUCCUUCGUGAUCCAAAUAAUAUUCGACGAAUAAUUGCAAAUGGUUGUUACUCAAUUUUUUAUCGUAGUUGCUUUCAGGAGCGGUAUACGCUUUAUAAAUUAAUAUAAUCUUAAUGCAGUAUGUAUUAAGAAUUAAAAACUAUGGUUUUAAAUGUUAAAAGUGGAAAAGAAAGAUAAAAUAAGGUGCAAAUAGGAUUACAAAGGAUUAAUCGUAUAGUUUUAUAUGGUUAGAACCGUAGAUAGUUUUCCGAUUAGUUAUUAAGGUAAAAAGAAAAACAGAAAGAGUAAAAAGCGAAGAAACGAAGGGUGAGAAUAUUACAACGCGCUGACACCCGAUCGCAUAAUACGUACAACAAUCGCGUUCUACUGCCACUGUUGUUGGCGCGUGCACCAUGUAGGUACACUAUAAGUACACCAUAGAAUCACGAAGCUCCAGAUCGCGAGCGAAACUUUGUAAGAGGACGGACAGCCACUCGAGUAACUCUGGCUAUUCAUAUAUACCUUGUUCCUCUCUUUUAACUUUCUUUUUAUUAGAUUUUGAACGCGCAUUUAACAGGAAAAUUUAAUUUCACGUCUGUGUAACGCAGAGCAAACUUACGAGCGUACGAACUUUCAUAGUUUUUAUACUUUUUUAAGCGUAAUCUAAGAUCUUAAAAACGAUUUUAGUCGAUUUCUUAGCGUUUGUAUCGUUUUUAAUCGUUCCUUCUCUCGGCCUUUUUUUUUUUUUUUUUGCUUGGCGAAGAAUGGUGAAUGCAUGCAGCGUGAAUGUAAAUAUAGAGGAUGCGAAGGAUUAGCGACAAAGUUGUACCGAGCAUGGCGUGAGUUUAAAUUUCAAGAAAAUUUCAAAAAAGAAAUAGUAAAUGUUCAAUUGUUAUGAAAAACUAAAGAAACCUUUGUGCGUAUCAGUUGAUGAUUGCGAAUUCUGUCUUAAGUUUAUCGUUAGUGGAAGAGAAAGAUCGUAGAAUCCAAAUGUUGCGAGGCUUUCCUAUAUUCUUGAUAAAACAUCGGAGGAAAAUGAAAGAAGAAAAGUAUGACGCAGCUCGUAAGAUUGUCCUGUUCAUUUGACGAAUUUAAUUUAGUCAAACUAUAAUACAUACUGCGAACCUCUUAAGACUUAACCCAUUAUCUCAUCUCCUGUCACUCACGGAUACCAUAGUUUACACGCUGUGAUUCUUACUUUAUCUUAGAGAUGCAUUUUUUUUUUUGUAAAUAUCGAUUUUUGCAAACGAUUGCCGACGCACGGACCUUUUUGGACGGAAAUUUUGAAAGAUUUUCCUUUUCUCACGGGUGCGAUAGAAUCGGUAGACCGUGAGAUUCAAGACGAUGGACAUUUUUUGGUAGCGAUCGUGCGACUUGUUCGAACGUCUUGACAUAUCUAAAAAUUAUCACGUGUUUUUGAUACAUAUUGUUUAUAAACUGA